AUGAAUAAUCAAUUACAACUACAACUAAAACUACAACCUCAACAUCAAAGUAUAAAUAAUGUAUUACAUAAUAAUUAUUAUUUAAAAUUAAUAUUAAAUAGAGUAAAAGAAAAUAAUGAUCAAUUGCAUGGAUUGAGAAGUUUAAGAUACAAGUAUAAAUUCAUUACAAGUGUAGAAUGGAUGGUUUACAACAAAUAUUUUGAAUUACUCAAAGUUAAAGUGGAAAGAGGUGAAAGAUUAACAGUCUCACAGAAUGGAAUGAGAUUAUUAUUCCUAAAAGUAGAGGAUCAUGAAAUGAUCAAAAAAAUGUUACAACAAUACAAAGAGGAAUUUAUCAACAAACCCAAAGCCAUUGAAUUUGCUUGUUUAUCUGGUAGUUUGGAAUUGGUUCAACAACUUAUUGGAAUGAAUCAGUCAUCAAUGAACGCAGGUGCUCGGACCCCACUUGAUAUUGGUUGGAUGGCCGGUGACCCUUUAUUAGGAUCACUUGUAGCACCAAGAGGUGGAAUUGAACUAGUCAUGUAUCUUCAUGAAUCCAUUCCAGGAUGUUCCAUUAAAGAUUUGGGAGCUGCUAGAAUGGUCAACUUUCUUAGACAUUUGCGUCCAUCGAAUCGUGAAAAGUUACCACUUGUCAUGAAAUUCUUUCCCAUCCAUCAAUUGUACAAUCUCACCGUAUUUGAUAUACUAUUAUCACACGAUCCAGAGUUUAUCGAAUGGUAUCUAUCGACUGUACAAAAAAAUUCUCCAGAUUUGAAUAUCAAAAUGUUUUCAUUCUAUCUUCAAGCCAAUGCCAUCUUUUUCCCAACUAGUCAUGCCAACACUCAACUACCAAAGAAUCUAUUUAAAAUGAUUAGAUUCUAUAGAUCAGAAUCAACUCGUCAAGAAAUGUUGUACAUUUUGGAAAAGAAAAAACUCUAUCUUUCCCAAACCUCUAGAAUCUUUGUUUCAUUGGUCAAUCAUACCAGUGCUUCUGGAUCAAUUUAUCAAUUGGAAAAGAUUAAAUUGGUUGUAGAACAAUUAUUGAGUCAUUAUGACGAGACGACACCACUCUACAAUGUCAUUUUGAAUUUAAUCAUUUCCGUAGAAUGUAUGGAUUUAUUUCAAGAUUCAUUCUAUUUGUACACUGUCAUCAAAGCACUUUUAAGAUUUGGUAUCAAAGAUUUUAAAAUUAUCAAGUAUUUUAUGCAUUACCUGGUAUAUACAUCUAUUACUAUUCAACUUGAACGUUUAGUAGAUCCUGACACUUCAAUGGAUCAAUUCUCUAUUCUCAUUAGAUUAUUAUACCUAUAUCACAAAUCAAUACCUAUUCAUUCCCUUAAAAUUUAUGAUUUUGAAGAUUGUCAACCUGACAUUAUUCAUUAUUUAAUUGCUAAUAAUUUAUUUGAACCAGAUGAUGAUGAUGAAGAAGAAAAAGUAGAUAGAAAAUUUUAUGAUCAAACAGAUGAUGAUGAUGAAGGAAUAUAUUUUUAA